UGUUGGGUAUAGUGUAGGUUUCACAGUAUCUUCAACAGUCGAGUGUCUCCACUGGGGAUUGUUUACAGUCAUGGCAGAUGCUCUGUCUUUUUUGGAAGAGGAUUUGUCAUGCCUCAUCUGCUGUGAUGUCUUUACUGAUCCAGUCACUCUGAAAUGUAGCCACAGUUUGUGUGAGAAUUGUCUCAAGAGUUUCUGGAAGACUCAAGAUGUGCUGCAGUGUCCAGUCUGUCGGAAGGAAUGCUCACCUGACGAGCCCACCAAGAGCCUGGCAUUCAGAGCACUCUGCGAGUCCUUCAAGACGAGAAAACCCACAGCUGUUUCAGGAGACGUCUGUCCACAGCAUAAGGAGACACUCAAACUCUUCUGCUUUGAGGACAAGCAGCCCAUCUGUGUGGUCUGUUACACUUCAAAAAAGCAUGAAAAUCACAAGUGCUCCCCUGUCGAGGAGGCUGCUGGGAAUUUAAAGGCGGAUCUUAAGAUGCAAAUGGACAAGCUGCAGGUGACGCUUGAUGACCUCAAGAAAACACAUGAGAGCUGCAUGGAACAGGCUGAAAAUAUAAUGGAAAAAGAAGAAAUCCAAAUCAAGAAAGAAUUUGAGAAGCUGCAUCAGUUUCUCAAAGACGAGGAGGACAAAUGGAUCAAAGCAUUGAAGAAACAAAUAAAACCUCAAGAUGGGAAAUUUAAAGCCAGAAUCAAGCAUCUGUCCACACAGAUAACAGAUCUCUCUGAGAGGAUGGCAGCCCUCUGGCAGGACAUGGAAGCUGAAAACAUCCCAUUUCUCCAGAAUUACAGCGAUACAUUACAAAAACUCAAACACUCUUCGGUAGAAAAGAGACCCGCUGAAGCAGAGAAAUAUCAACACCAUUCUCCUCAGACAAUGAUCUUCACCACCUGGGCUAGAAUGCAGAACCUUGUGGAGCAGCCUCCUGUGAUUCUGGACCCGAACACAGCUUCCAGUAAGCAGUGGGUGUCAGCGGAUUGCACAAGUGUUCAGUAUGUCCUAAAGAAAGUGCACAUGUGUGAUAACCCAAAAAGGCUGUUUUUGGGAGUGCUGGCUUCACAAGGCUUCAAUUCAGGUCUGCACUGCUGGGACGUAGAAGUAAGAGACAACAACCACUGGACACUGGGUGUAGUGGGUGAAACUGUGUAUCGUAAAAGACUUUACAGAAUGGAUCCGAAGAGUCGUUUUUGGUGUUUUCGCUUUGUGGAUGGCAAAUUCAAGAAAGGUAACAAUCCUGGCAAAGCAAUCGAUGAGAAUAAGAGGCCAAAUAUCAUCCGGGUUCAGUUGGACUUUGAGAAAGGAGAAUUGAGAUUCAUUGACCCCUUCAGAAAUAAAAAUCUGUGCACCUUCACAGGUGGAUUUCCGGAGAGAGUUUUCCCAUAUUUUUGUAGUGGAGAUUUGGCAACACCACUGAAUAUAUUCCCAGCAAAUAAGGAAAAAUUUUAAAACCACAACCAACAUCAUUUAAUUUCAUAUGUUAUAAGUAUGAUAGGACAGUAAAUCAUAUCACAUUUUAAUAAAAAAGAGCUGGAUCAAAUGUGAUGUCCUUAUAAGUUUAAGUGUCAGGUCUUAAUUAUUUCAAUAGCGCUUUCACGAUGUAGACUGUGUCAAAGCGGAAGAAAAUUUAUUUUAAAAAUGUCAUGCGAAAUGUAGCUUAUUAGGCAUUUCGAUUAAUCAUGCAGUAUUUCAAUAUAUUCAGUGCAGCCUUUACUAUAAGGCAGAUUGUAAUGUAAUAAUUACCUGUGUAAGGAACAAUAAAGACCUCUUUGUUGUAUC